AUGGCAUCCACCACUAUCCUCGCCGCAUUUCUCAUCCUCACCUGGUUCUUACUCGCCCUCUUCAUCCUCAUCCUCACCGUCGCCUUCUACUACUUCAAAGCGACCUACAAACACAAGUAA